GCGAGGGCACACCUGGUCAGACCGAGGAAAGGAGAGCACCUCAAAUACACAAACACCUUCACACAGCAGCACCCGGGUUAAUCACUUGAGGAAUGCGGUGCCAUUAGGACGGAGAGCUGAAAGUUCAUAUCAACUUCAACUUGAGUUAAUUUUCAACAACUUGGCGCACAAGGAGGAACUUUAUCAAAAACAAAAAGGGAUCAUGGCCACAGGCGGAUUUAAGUCAAACGCCACGACGGACUUUUUGGAGGAAUGGAAAGCCAAACGAGAGAAAAUGAGAGCCAAAAUGCUCGGGGACAUUGCUGCAGCUACCGGUGCUACUGGCAACGCAAACAGCAGCCGCACCGAGCUCAACAACAAUGGCAACCCGGACCGGAGUGCCUCCACUGGGAACUGCCUCCCCUCCUCCUACGCGGUGGUUCGGUCCGCCUCCGGCACUGCUCUGAAGAGACCCGAGGAGGAAACGCACCAUCCUGUUGCACCCACAGCCGUUGUCACCCCGGGGGGCAACCUGAAGAAGGCCCCGCCUCAGAUGGAAAAGGCUCAGUGCACGACGCCGGACUCCAGCAGUCCCAUGGCUUGCAAUGACAGUGACAAGGAGAGUCCAUCACCCGGUAAGGGGAAAGAGAAGAAGAGCGCCGGUCCCAGUGCCAGAAAGGGGAAAGGACAGAUUGAGAAGAGGAAGUUGAGGGAAAAGAGGAGGUCGACAGGUGUUGUCAGCAUGCCAUCUAAUGAGAGCCUGGAUGAGCUGGAUGAUGACGACGCAGGGGAGAAAAACAGGAGGGAGGAAGAGGAGCUGGUCCAGGCCAACACUGUCCAGAACGAGGCCAUGGUAGCUGACCCCUCCACUGGCCACUUAAUGGAAACCCCAAGAUCUGGGAGCGGCCGCCACAAGAGCUCUACAGGACCAGGAUCUGAGGAGGAGAUGGGUGGGAACAGCAGACAACGACACAACCGUCACGGAGCUGCAGCACCAGGAGGUCUGGAGAAAAGGAUGGAGGAGCUGGAAAAGGAGCUGGCCAGAGAGCAUCAGGAGAACGUCAGGUUGAUGAAGGCCCACCAGGAUAAAGACGACCUAAUUGGGAAGCUGAAGGAGGAAAUCGACUUGUUGAACAGAGACUUGGAUGACAUUGAAGAUGAGAAUGAGCAACUCAAACAGGAGAACAAGACUCUGCUGAAAGUGGUGGGUCAGCUGACGAGGUAGAACCGCUCUGCAUGGCUCGGAUCCAGCAACCCAGCCUCUCUCCCCCCCAUCCCCCUGAAGAAUGGAGCAUCUCUAUUGCCUCCCAACCUCCUGCCCUGGGACAAGUUCAUCAGCGUGGCCCUUUCUCUGUUUGAUUCUGUCUCUUUGUCUGUUAGAGGUGAAACUGUAAAGUAGUCAUCCUCAGAGCCUCACAGCCUUAAAUGAAUCCCCUGAGGAGGAUUUAUAUCAUUUGUUGUGAUACCUGAGUGAGCUAGAGGCUAACUUCUCCUGUCCUGACAUCAGGAUUAUCUGUCAUCGUAUACAUAUUUAAUGUAAAUGUACUGUAUAUAGGCCAUUUAGAUUGUUAAUUUUUUUGAUAAGAUCUUAAAAAGUAAAAUGAAUGUAUGUGCUGCACAAACAAGAGCACACAAAGUAGAGGCUAAAAAAAACAAUGUCUCAAUUUAUAUUUUUCCUCAUCUGUGCGCACAGCCAUCACCCAGGUAAAUACAAAAAACAUCUCCGGUGUUGCAGUGUUUGAAUUGUGUCUGAGGCCGGUAUGGUUUCAUCAGUGAACUUGUAACAGUGGAGCUACUGUAUAAGAGCACUUGGACCAAAUUCAACAUAAUUACUGCUACAGUACCAUCAGCCAAAGUGGGCAUAGUGCCUCGCAAUGCAUGUGAGAUUUUUUUUGUCGAUUCUUUGAAAAACUAAAAAGCCUGGUGCUUUAUUAAUGAACAGUAGUGCCAGAUUUACUUUCUUCCAGUAAUUUCUUGGUACAUUUUAAUCCCACUAGGGCGUCUAAAAGCCUGAAUUUUAUUAAAGUAUGUUUAAUAUUUCCAAUAUAGAUGCUGCAAGAUGACACAAGCAAGCAAGCCUUACAUAAAUUGCUUUACGCAUUUCAACAUCUUGAGUAUUCUACUUGUCUGUGAUUAAUUGUGUUAGGGUGAAACCCUUAUCUAGUAUGUGGAGGUUUUUUUUAAAGCAUUUUUCUUUCUGUAAUUGGUUUACGAGUUAUGUCUGCAAUGUUUGGUAGUUGUUAAGCUGCUCUGAUUACAGCAUCUAAGAUGUGUGGCGUGAGCUACAGUGCAUUUUUUUGUAUGAUAACCAAAUGAACUGAAGGACAAUACUAUUUGAAAUGCAUCUCUUUCGUUUUCUCAAGGGAACAGGCUCGGCUGGUAGAGGCAUUUUUCUUUAACUUUCUAUAUUUAGAUUGUUUUAUUUUACUUGAGGAGCUUUUCAGAAAGCUCCUGCACUGUAGCAAAUAAUCUGUAGGUUUUAGACAGUCAAUAGACCACUCUACACACACACACACACACACACACACACACACAGAUACAUACAUAUAUAUAUUUGGGGUAAAGAUCGUCCCCUCUCAGAAAGACAUCACCGACCCAUCUCUUUUUCCAUUACAUUAUGCAUGUACAGAAGAUUAAGUCAUUUAAUAAAAGUUUGAUUAUCUC